AUGUACCGACAAGUAACAAAAUUCCGAAACGCCAUAUCGACAAUUUUAAACGAGAAAAAGUCUUUUACAUCAUUAAGAAAUUUAAGUAGUAAUGCAGAAGAUGAUAAAUACAAAAUUAAGGAUAAUUUCGAAGGGAGACCCCUUUAUUUGGACGUACAAGCCACUUCACCAACGGAUCCUAGAGUGUUGGAUGCGAUGCUUCCUUAUUUAACUCAUUAUUACGGAAAUCCGCAUUCUAGAACACAUGCCUAUGGCUGGGAAUCCGAAGCUGCCGUUGAAAAAGCUAGAGAAUAUGUAGCUGACAUAAUUGGUGCAGACCCUCGUGAAAUUAUUUUUACUUCUGGAGCGACAGAAAGCAAUAAUAUUGCUAUAAAAGGGGUUGCCAGAUUUUAUAAAGAGAAAAAGAAACAUAUCAUUACUACACAAACGGAACACAAAUGUGUAUUGGACUCUUGUAGAGCUCUAGAGGGUGAAGGUUUUACAGUUACAUACCUGCCUGUUAAAACAAAUGGUAUUAUUUGUUUAGAAGAGUUAGAAAAAGCUAUUACACCUGAGACAGCUAUUGUAUCUAUAAUGUCAGUGAAUAAUGAAAUAGGAGUAAAACAGCCAAUAGAUGCGAUUGGUGUACUUUGCAAGCAGAAAAAAGUAUUUUUCCAUACAGAUGCUGCACAAGCUGUGGGAAAAAUCCAUUUAGAUGUUAAUUCUAUGAAUAUCGAUCUCAUGUCAAUUAGUGGGCAUAAAAUUUAUGGGCCUAAAGGUAUUGGUGCGAUAUACAUCAGGCGUCGACCCAGGGUGCGAGUAGAAGCCAUCCAGAGUGGGGGCGGGCAAGAAAGGGGCAUUCGUAGCGGUACCGUACCAGCCCCCUUGGCUGUGGGAUUCGGAGAAGCUUGCCGAUUGGCGAAGCAGGAAAUGGCGUACGAUCACGCCCACGUUGAAAAAUUAAGCAAGCGAUUGAUCGAUCGCCUGUGUGGGUCUUUGACUCACGUAAUCAGAAACGGAGAUGACGUCGAGACAUAUCCUGGUUGUGUCAAUUUGUCGUUCGCUUACGUAGAAGGCGAAUCUCUAUUGAUGGCUCUGAAAGACAUCGCCCUCUCCAGCGGCUCGGCCUGCACCUCCGCCUCUUUGGAACCGUCGUACGUCCUUCGGGCCAUCGGCGCGGACGAGGAUCUCGCCCACAGUUCGAUCCGAUUCGGUAUCGGUCGGUUCACUACAGAAGCCGAGGUGGAUUACACGGCGAAGAAAUGCAUCCACCACGUCACCAGGUUGAGGGAGAUGAGUCCUUUAUGGGAGAUGGUUCAAGAGGGGGUCGACUUGAAGACCAUCAAGUGGUCGCAACAUUAG